AUGAUCACGCUCCGAGUCAAUUUCGGUAUCUGUAAUUUCCAAUUCCUUUUUAUUUUCAGGAGUUCUAGAGAUAGAGGAUCGUCUUCUUCAUUACCAUCAAUCGAACAGUACAACGAAACCGUGAAGAAUCAGAUACAAGCACUUGUUCGUGUCAUAAAAGUUGCUCGUACCUAUAGAGAAGACAAUGUCCCUUCCCAAAUCGAAGAGGGUCUGUAUCUUGGAUCCGUUGCAGCAGCAAGCAACAAGAACGUUUUGAAAUCUUACAAUGUGACUCACAUCUUAACCGUAGCUAGCUCUUUGAGACCAGCACACCCUGAUGACUUUGUCUACAAAGUUGUUAAAGUUGUGGAUAAGGAAGACACGAAUUUGGGAAUAUACUUCGAUGAGUGUGUCGAGUUCAUUGAUGAAGCUAAGAGACAAGGUGGUAGUGUUCUUGUCCAUUGCUUCGUUGGAAAAUCACGGAGUGUUACUAUAGUUGUUGCUUACCUGAUGAAGAAACACGGAAUGACUUUAAACCAAGCAUUGGAACAUGUGAAAAGCAAGAGACCUGUGGCGAGUCCUAAUGCUGGUUUCAUCAGGCAACUACAAGACCUGGACAAGUCUUUGCAAGGAAAGCAAGGACCUAUUGAACAAUGUCAAGGGUGA